CUCUUAGGUGCGUUUCUGGCCAGUUCCCGUAGUGCCUUGCGGCUGUAAUGGCUGCUCCCGGGCGGCGCGCUGCUAUGUUCUUUCGGGCGGUGUUAGGGGUCCGGCAGUUGGGCCCAGACGCCGCGAGGGGGUGGGUGACCGGCCUCUCCUCGCUCUUGGACUGUCAGCGGAGGUGCGUGUCUUGUUUCGCGGGCGCCGCCUUCUCUGGUCCCCGUCUGGCCUCCGCCUCUCGCCGUCAUGGCCAGAGCUCAGCCUUGGACCGCUUCCUCGGACUCUCUCAGCCAGACAGUUCGCUGACUUCUCAUCCUCCCGCCGUGUCCAUACACAGAGAUGAACAGGAUCUCCUCUUGGUCCAUCGUCCUGAUAUGCCCGAGAACCCCCGGGUCCUACGAGUGGUCCUCCUGGGUGCUCCGAAUGCAGGGAAGUCAACACUCUCCAACCAGCUGCUGGGCCGAAAAGUGUUCCCUGUCUCCAAGAAGGUGCACACCACUCGUUGCCAAGCUCUGGGGAUCAUCACAGAGAAGGAAGCUCAGGUGAUUCUACUUGACACACCUGGUCUCAUCAGCCCUGUUAAACAGAAAAGGCACCAUCUGGAGCUUUCUUUGUUGGAAGAUCCGUGGAAGAGCAUGGAAUCUGCUGAUAUGGUUGUGGUUCUUGUGGACGUCUCAGACAAGUGGACUCGGAACCAGCUCAGCCCCCAAGUGCUCCAGUGCCUGACCCAGUUCUCCCAAGUCCCUAGCAUCCUUGUCAUGAACAAGGUAGAUUGCCUGAAGCAGAAGUCCAUUCUCCUGGAGCUCACAGCAGCCCUCACUGAAGGUGUGGUCAAUGGCAAGAAGCUCAAGAUGAGGGAGGCUGUUCGCUCACAGGCCGGCACUCAUUGCCCGGGCCCCGCAGCUAAGGGCCCAAACACACAGUCUGUGGGAGGCCCUCAGAAGAUUGGCUGGCCCCACUUCCAGGAGAUCUUCAUGUUGUCUGCCCUAAGCCAGGAAGAUGUGAAAAUACUAAAGCAAUACCUCCUGGCACAGGCCCGGCCAGGACCCUGGGAGUUCCACAGCGGAGUCCUCACCAGCCAGACACCUGAGGAGAUCUGUGCCAACACCAUCCGAGAGAAGCUACUAGAGCACCUGCCCCAGGAGAUACCCUACAAUGUGCAGCAGAGGACAGUGGUGUGGGAGGAAGGGCCAAGCGGGGAGCUGGUGAUCGAACAGAAGCUUCUGGUGCCCAAAGAAUCUCAUGUGAAGAUCCUCAUUGGUCCAAAGGGGCACUUGAUCUCCCAGAUUGCACAGGAGGUGGGCCGCGACCUCAUGGACAUCUUCCUCUGCGAUGUUCGGCUCCGCCUCUCUGUGAAGCUUCUCAAGUGACCACUCUGCUGCCUCUCCCAAGGCAUCAAAGCUGCUGGCAGGAGCCACUGACCAGAAUGGUUCCUGCUCAGACCCUGCAGGGACUGGUAAGGGGCAUGGACACUUCCUGACUAACUUGACCUUGCUUGAGUCUGCACAGCCCCUGCCUGGCCAUUUUUCCCGUUGAAGGAUGGAACCGACCUUAGCUCAGUUCUCAGGUAGUUCCUCUGCCUCGGGCCUCCGCUGCUUAGGUCUAGAAGUUGGUUCUUUGGUGGGAACAAUACCACACUGCUUCCAGCUGGCAAUGAACCCAGAGUUUCUCUCUCAGGUGCCACUUGUUAGCAGAGAGGUUUUUGUUUUUGUUUUUUUUUUUUUUUCUUAUCCCCUCAGUUCCUCUACCUUGAAACCAUGUGUAAGGACUUAUGGGUCUUAAGUGAGAUAGUGCCUCGCCCCAUCCCUCUCCCUAGUCUCAAAUUCCAAUAAAGUUGAAAGACAAGCA